GUUUGUCCCUCUGUGGCCUCCGUACAGCCCGCUGAGACGGAAGCAUUGUUUUGAAUGUUCGGCGCGUUUUGAGUUUGUGCAGCAGAUUUGUUGAGACAGUGAAAGUAAACGCAGAAUGGCCUCCAAAUGUAUCAAUGAGAGUGCGAUGAAGACUCCUACAAACGUCCGAGUGAAGAAGUUUGUGAACGGGGGGACCCCCAUCACCAUCCCGGCCUCACCCUUCAUGAAGAAGCUCGGCUGUGGGACUGGGGUCAACGUUUACCUCAUGGACAGAAUAGGAAAGCUGAACGCGUCUCCCUGGGCUGUGAAGAAGAUCAACACCAAGUGUGCAUCCAAUCAGAUGGCGGUGUAUCAGAAGCGCCUGAGCGAGGAGGCGAAGGUCCUGAAGGAAAUCAAUCACCCCAACAUCGUUGGGUUUCGUGCCUUCACCGAGGCCAAUGACGGAUCAAAGUGUCUGGCGAUGGAGUACGGAGGAGAGCAGUCGCUCAACGACCUGAUCGAGACGAGGAAGGUGGAUGGCCUCAAAGCUUUCCCUGCUGCCAACAUCGAGAAAGUAGCGCUGCAUGUUGCACGUGGCCUUCAGUAUCUGCACAAUGAGAAGAAGCUGCUGCAUGGCGACAUGAAGUCCUGUAACGUCGUCAUCAAGGGCGACUUUGAGACGGUGAAGAUCUGCGAUGUCGGUGUGUCUCUGCAGCUCGACGAGAACAUGAGAGUGUCAGAUCCGAAGGCGGAGUACAUCGGCACCGAGCCGUGGACACCGAAGGAAGCUCUGGAGGGCGGAGAGAUCACGGACAAGGCGGACAUCUUUGCAUACGGGCUGACGCUGUGGGAGAUGAUGUCGCUGGCCAUGCCUCACCUGGAGAUGCUGGAGGGUGAGGACGACGAAAAAGAAGUAGAUGAGGAGGAGGAAGAUGAAGACAAAUCGAUGGAGUUCAGUUUCGACGAGGACGCGUACUACGAUAGGUUGGGCACGCGGCCGGCGGUGGACCUCGAGGCUCUCGGCAGCUCGUACCGGAGGAUGGUGGAGCUCUUCUACCUGUGCACUGAGGAAAACCCCAAGAAAAGACCCUCAGCCACACGGAUCCUCCAGGCUUUAGAGAGCAACGUCCCGCUGAAUAAAAACCCCAGCGAGGUGAUCGUCAUCGACUAGAUCUGCAAGUUAGUUAUCUAGUUUAGGAUCCAGACUAUUAUUUAAAGACUGGUUUAAGAUGUGUUGCAAAUUUCUCUUAUUUACUAUCCAGAAAAUGUAAAUGUUUCAGAUCUGGACUAAAUGUAGGAAAACACCAGGCGCUGAAUGGUUGAUUUUGGCGGGAAUGAGCUUAGAAAAACAAAUCUUUAUACUGUCCACGCUUUCAGGAGCAUCUAUUUGUGUUGUCCUUUUCCAUGUAUUUCAACUUCGAGAGUGUAAAUGUUUCUACUUACUGUUUGUCUUAUGUGUUUGUUUCUGCACUUCUGUAAACAUUCAUGUCUCGAUCAAACUCUUGAGCUAUCCUGUGUUUUCUUCUUUGGAUGUUGCGCUUAUGUAUUAUCGUUCAUAAUACAAUUAAAGAAAUAUAGAAUGAA